ACGUUUCUCAUUCUCAAUCAGAAACUUACAGCGAUAACACACACGCAGUUGAAUAACCAAAAAAUAAAUAAAUAAGAAAAAGAAACUAAACACAAUUAAUCAAAAACGCUGAAUCAAUACAAGAUCGUGAAACAAGCUUUAAAAAAAAAAUUACAAAAACCAACACUGUCAACUGUCAGUCACUGGUGUAUUGUCAUUUGACAACUGCCAAACAAUUUGCAAAAAUAAUAAUCUUCCAAAAGAGGAAUAAAAAUAAAAAAAAAUAGUUCCUAGCAAAAAUAUAUUGAGUGUUAGUGUAAAUAACCCCUCUAAAAAGGAAAACAAAAAGUGUUUUUUUUGGUGGGAUUAAGAAAAUUUUUAUUUAUUAAACAAAAAAAAAUUUUUAAUCGAGAUGGCGUUUAUGAUGCCUGUGGUGAAAAACGAGUGGGAUAUUUACAAGACUAAUCGAAGCAGACGCUCAUCUGAAUGCUCCAAUCCUCAGACAUGUCGCAGCAGGAAGGUGUCCGAGUGUUCCAAAUCAGAAGGUCCAUCACUAUCGACCUCGCCGGGUUCGGAUUUCUUGACAUCGCCAGCUCAUCGUUCGGUUCCAUUGACGUCGAGGCAUUUCUCAAGGACAUCAUCGCGUGCAUCGCAAAGCUCACUUCAAAGUCCAAUCAAAAGCACCGGUUCCUCACCACCGAAAACUGGCAGCUCAAAUUCAUUAAAUAAAUUCCACAAUCGACUUGUGGACAAAUUAAAAAGAUCCCUCAAGAAGGCCGACGACAGUGCCGACGAUCAAAGAAAUCUCUCGUGAAACAAUCAAAUGGUUUCGAAUCGGUCAACAACAACAAUUGUUCCCGGCUCGAAAUCAAUCGAGAUUCGCCGUAUCUCGGCACCAACCACCGUUUCCGGUAUCAAUAGCGGCAUUAAAGUUGCACGCUCGUGUCCGGAACCGCCAGCAUGGUAGAGGAACCCGCUCCCAUCAUCCACAAGGAAAGGAAGGUUGAGGAGAUGGAAAAAGAGAGAGAGAGAGAGAGAAAAAUAUGUUACAGAUUCUCAGAGAGAACCUCUUUUCUUUAUAUCCUCCCCCCCAAAAAAGAAAGAAAAGCGUCCCAAGUACGGUUGGCCCUAGCUUCUUUCAUUUUUCACCGACGGACUAAAUUUCGACUUUCGAUGGAAGGCAGAGUUUAAAUUCAUGUGAUAUUAGGUCUUAGUGAUAUUGCAUGACCAAGUGAUAAUGAAACAUCAAGUGAUACUGAAAUAGCAUGAUGCUGUAUACAUGCUACCAAUGAAUCGUAUUUUAGUAAUCGUGACAGUAAACGACACGAUCGACAUCAUGCUAGAAUUAUUCGUAAUCAUGAUAACAUCACAAUACUAUGAUAGAUCAAUACUAUGAUCAUUCAAUCAAGUUCCCCCCCAGUGGAUACGAUUAUCCAAAAAGAAAAUUCACUCUCCCAUUUACAAGUAGUCUGAAUUGAUUCUAACUUGGGUUCUGAACUGAUUCUAAAUUUGAGUCUGAACUUAUUCUAAAUUUGAGUCUGAACUGAUUCUAAUUCGAGUCUGAAUUGUUUCUAAUUUGAGUCUAAGUUUACAAAUAAUUUCUCUUCAAGAAACUUAGAUUUCUGAUUUAGAAAGAUAAACAAAGACAAACAAGAAAGAUGCAAAAAAUGAAGAACAAGGAAUGGUAAAGAACAAUAAGCAACACAAUCAUUAAAACCAGUUCAAUUUGUAAGGCAAAAUCGAUCCUGGCUGAUCCUUAUCCAAAUAGCCGGUGCUCUAAAAUCGAAAAGACUCAAAAUUAUUCAGACUAACCCCCAGGCGCUAUUCUCUGAGAUUCUACAUCAUCAUGGUACUUCCCGAAAGUCACCAUUGCAAGUACGAUCGAAAUUUUGUUGGGCAUAAGAAAACCAGAAUGUCAUGUGCUUAAAUUUCGCUUCUGUAAACUUAUUUGGUUCUGUAAAAAUUGGACCAAAACUUCGAGUGGUGAAAACUAUCUGGUUCCAGACGGAUUUUGAUUCUACGCAAAACGCUUAGUGAAUUGUUUCCUGAAAAUUUUGGUUCUGUGAAAUAUCUGGUGACAGAAAAUGAUGAUUCUACACAAAACGUUUAGUGAUAGGGGAAUUGUUCCUGAAAAGUUGGGUAUUUGAUACUCCUUGGAGAUCUGGUGCAACAAAGUCAGUGACUAGUGAAUAACAGUUCCAAAGAAUGCUGAUCCUGUAAAAUCGUGGACCUUCGAAAUUUCUGUUCUGUCAAGUAAUUGUUGUAUUAAAUUUGGGUUAAAGUGGAUAAAGUUGUGUAGAAAAAUUCAGAUCCAGUUUGGAUGCAAUAAUUUAGUAACAACUUGGAUUCAAAAAUUUGGUUACAGUUUGGAUUCAAAUGGGUAUAAUUUGGUUACAAUUGGGUACAAUUCUGUUGCCAAUGCCUCCAGUUCGGAUACAAAAUGGCUGCAAACAAUUUGGCUCCAAUUAAAAAUUGUCGCAUUAGAUUCAGUAUCCUGAUACAAAUGCUUCCAGUUCAGAUACAAAUGGCUCAAACAAUUUGGCUCCAACUAAAAAAUUGACGCAUUAGAUUUUACCCUACCACAUGGUCCAAAGGUACAACAAAACCCAUCAAUCCACUACGUAAGAUAGCAGUUUUAAAGAGAAUGAAACCCACAUAAAGAAUGACAUUCUAAAACCACAUGAGUCGCAAACCUCAGACCAUCGUUCAACCACAUUAUCAAGAGACAUACGAAUAUUAUCCGCAGAAACAUCUUCAGUAUAUCUAUAAGUGAGAACAAAUGUCAAGAAAUACAAAAAUACAAAUAGAGAUAAAAAUAAAAAUAUAAAUACAAAUACAAAAUACAUAUAUUUAAAAUCAUUUAAAGAAUUGAAGAUUUGUCAAAAUUUUUGAUAAAAUUCUCUUAUCCAGUUUUUUCCAGUGUCAAUAGAAAAUCAUAUAAAUCUGUUUGUUCUUCAAGAAUUAUAUUAAUAUUGUUGUUAGUCAACCCUUUUCUACUUCUCCAAAAAAAGUUUUGUGUGAGUGUGCGUGUUCUACUUUUAUAUAAUUUCUACAAAACAAAAAUUCAUCGAAGGUUCAACGAUUUUUGUCAAAAAUUAUGGACAAUUACUUCUCGAAUACCUGUGAAUUAUUUUUUUUUUACAUCUGCUAAUAACGGAAAUUUUUAGCAAUAUUUUUAUUUAUUUUUAUAAUGCAGAAUUCAGAAUUUUUAGGUGCCGAAUUAGUAAGUGCAAAGUUAUGGUUAUGAUAAUGGUUCUUUUUAAUACUUUGUCACUUCCGUUAUUUUCUUUAUUUAUUUUUAUUUAUUUUCUUCUUCUUCUUUUCCUUCUCUUUUACCUUCUUUUUUCUUUUUCCCCCAUUUUUCCUUUUCUAUUUUUCGUCCACUUCUAUUUUAAUUUUUUUUAUGUGGUAAUCGAGAAAAAAUUGUUCAUCUCCACAACAGCGUGUGGCGUGAAAAAAGAAAAUGGUCUUUCCACUUGAACAAUAAUUAAAAAAAAACCUGCCCCAGAAAAGAAAUUUUUAUGAAAAAAUGUGCGCAUUUGUCGCGAAGAGAACGUGAAACAAGAAGAGUGAGAGAGAGAGUGGAUUUGGCUGGUGAUUCUUCUCUUGACUAAAACGAAAGCAACGAGACAAAUACGGUAUACCAGAUUCACUUUGAUGGUAAUAGUUAUGUACCAGCAACCUUGUACCGGUUUAGGCACAUCUCGAUCUUCACGGUAACUAUCAGACUUAUAAGCAUCAACUAUUUUUACUAAUGGUUUCUUGCUUUUUAACAAAACAAAAAAUUUAUUUCUUGACGAGUUUCAAAAUUAAUCGGAGGAAUUUAAUUAUGACUAUUAAAAUUAUUACGGAUUUCGAAAUUAUCUUACAAAAUAUUUAGUUUACAAAAUUAUUUACUCACAUCAAAAUUAGUUUGCAAAAUUAAUUACGGAUAUCGAACUUAGUUACAAAAAUUAUUUGCGUAUAUCGAAAUUACUUUGAACUAAAUUAAAAACCUUAAAAAACGAAACAAAAAUUAAGAGUAUUUAAGAUUCAAUUUUUGCUAAAUCAUCAAUUGUUUCACGUUCUCUAGAAUAUUUAAGAAAAAAAAAACCAUUGUUAAUUAAAUUUUCACCGUUAUUUUUGGACAAAAAAGUUGUUUUUUGGAAAGUAACCGAAAACUGAAGUAAUACUAAACUAAUAUUGAAUAAAUAAUAUUCGAAGUCGAAAGAAAAAUUUCUCUUAGUCACUACAAACCUCGGAGAAUGUUCUACUGUAUUGUAUUAAUAAAUUUUACCAUUUUUCUAAAAAAAAAUCCAAAAUAAAUUCAGUUCUCGAUAAAGAUUCAUCAUCUCGAUUUGCAUACAAAAAAAACAUCGAGAGAGAUUAGCAUUAGGCUUGAAGAGAGAAUACCCAAUCCAUAAAGAGCAGGAUUAUCAAAAUUAUCAUUCAAAGGAAACUAUCCGUCAAAUUUCCCUCUUGAUUUCCUGUGAAAUCACAAGCGCACAAGAAAUAUAAUGCGUGGGAGAGAAAUUGAUGGAAAAUUAAUCCUCUUGUGCUAAUUUUGCUAUAUCCAUAAAGGAAACGAUAUUCUCUAAUUUACUAUUACGGCAUAUCUUCUACUAAAGUUCGAACUAAGAACAAAAAAAAAAUUAAUUUCCGAAAAUUCAAACGGAAAUAAUUUUUUGCGCCACUGGAUGUCGCUUUUGCCUUUUAAUUUUUUUAGCUUUAAGAAAGACAAUGAAUGUGUGUGUGAGAGAGAGAGAAUGAAAAUGAAAGAAUGCAUUUUAGAGCAGACGUUUCAGACGAAAGCCUAUAAAAUAUUAUAAAUAUAAGAAAAAUAUUUAUUGUACAAGAAAAAUUAAACGUCGCAGAAUUUUUCGUACUUAUACUCGUUUUGUUAAAUAGAUUAAAGAAAAAAAUUCGGGCCAGACGAUUAUACUUACUAAAUUUUAUCUUCAAAAAGAUACGAUCAGUAUUAAAAUAUUAUUAUUUUUAAUAGAAAAAAAAAUAUUCUAUAUUUAUUUUUUGAGUCUAGCUUUAAAAGAAAAAAAGGGGGAAAAAAUACUCAAAAAAAAAUUGGAUUUAAGGGAAAUUUGUAGUAUUUACCAAUAGAAAUAAAUACACGUAUAGAAAAAUCGACGAUCGUUUUGGCGCGGAUUUUUAUUUUCACCUCUAUUAUCCCAAGAGAAAAAUUUAAAAAUCUGCUCACUAUCCAAAUAGGCGACAUCGUAUUUAAUUUACCAACCGAAGAUUCUCCCGAAAUAUUUCAAUCUUUGGGAUAUAGAAUUUUUCAAAAUUCACAACAUUUUAAUUAUAAAUUCAAUUUUAAAAUCAAAAUCACAAAAUUGAAAAAAAUUCAAAUUCAAAAGCAAAAAAAAAUUAAAAAUAGAAAAAAAUUGAUAAAUAAAUUGCAAGAGAAAAAAUGUUUAUCUUCAUAGGGGAUUUAUUUUAAAAAAAUAAAUAAACAAAGAGAAUCUUCGAGUUGGAAAAUAAGUCACGUUCACGUUCAUAUAAUAAAAAUAGCGAAUUAAGAGAAAGAAUAACAGAAAAAAAAAAUUGAUUAGACACUCUCCAAUGUUUUCUGAUUGUAAGUAUAUUUCCAAAAGCAGCUGGGCUGCUAAUGUAAAGACACCCCUUAAUGAAAAUGCAAGAAAAUAAUUUUUCUUUUCAACGGCAAAUCCGAAAACAAAAAUUUCUCUAUUUUGUGUACUAUAUAAAUUUAUAUAAUAUAUUUCUUUUUUUCAAAGCGCAAUUGUAAAAAAAAAAAAUUUGGCGAAAUGACAUAAAAAAAAAGAAAACGAUACUCUGUGAUACCGUAAGUUAUAAGGUAGAAUUAUUUCUACGAAAACAAAAAAAAAAUGGUUAUAGAUAUAUUUUUGCAAAAUGACGAGCGAAAGUUACGAUAAAAAUUAAAUUAUUAAAAGAAAACAAAAAUGGUGAUUAUUUUUGAAAAAAUUUUCUUGCAGGAAAAAAAUUGCAAUCAUUUUCCGAUGUUAAUGAAGAAAUAGUUUUGAUAAUAAAAUAAUAAUUAUAAUUAUUAAUAUUGUAAUUAUAAUUAUAAAUUUAUAAUUAUUAUAAUUAAAAUUUAUAAUUAUUUACAAUUAAAAUAAUAAUCCACAAUUUCGAGAUACAUUUAAUUUAUCUCAAUUUUUUAUUAUCGCAACAUUCGUUCGGCGUUCGGCAUAAACAACGAAGCGGUUCUCUGAUGUAAGAUUAGUGUAUACAGUAGAAACAAUUAAUCUAUUGUCAGCAAGGAUUUGCAUUUUUACAAGGGUGAAAAUUGAAUGUAAAUAGUUCCAAAAAUAAUUAUUCUUGGCUUCAAUAAUAAUAA